AUGGGGUCCACCUCGACGUCUUCUCUUCCGUCUGACUUUCUCUGGGGAUUCGCAACGGCUAGUUACCAGAUUGAGGGCGCUGUGGAGGAGGAUGGACGUGGCCCAUCCAUUUGGGACACUUUCUGCAAGAUUCCUGGAAAGAUAGCCGGUGGUGUCAACGGAGAUGUAGCGUGUGACUCGUACCAUCGCACCCACGAGGACAUUGCCUUGCUAAAGGAAUGCGGUGCUCAGGCCUACCGCUUCUCCAUCUCCUGGUCUCGUAUUAUUCCCCUCGGAGGCCGUAAUGACCCUGUCAAUGAGAAAGGUAUUCAGCAUUAUGUCAAAUUCAUUGAUGACUUGCAUGCCGCAGGCAUUGUGCCUCUGGUGACCCUUUACCAUUGGGAUCUUCCCGAUGAGUUGGACAAACGCUACGGCGGUCUUCUCAACAAGGAGGAGUUUGUCGCCGACUUUGCGAACUAUGCUCGGGUGAUCUUCAAGGCAUUUGGAUCGAAGGUCAAGCACUGGAUUACCUUCAAUGAGCCGUGGUGCAGUAGCGUCCUUGGAUACAACGUAGGACAGUUCGCCCCCGGUAGGACUAGUGACAGGGCCAGGAACCCCGUGGGAGAUGGCUCAACAGAGCCCUGGAUCGUCGGACACAACCUUCUCGUGGCGCACGGAAAGGCAGUGCAGAUUUACAGGGACGAGUUCAAAGCUCAAGACGGGGGUGAGAUUGGUAUCACCCUGAAUGGUGACUGGGCCGAGCCCUGGGACCCCGAGAACCCGGCAGAUGUCGAAGCUUGUGACCGAAAGAUCGAAUUCGCCAUCUCAUGGUUCGCCGACCCGAUCUACCACGGUAAAUAUCCCGACAGCAUGGUCAAACAGUUGGGUGACCGACUGCCCAAGUGGACUCCCGAAGACAUUGCCCUUGUCCACGGCAGCAACGACUUCUACGGCAUGAAUCACUACUGCGCCAACUACAUCAAAGCGAAGACGGGCGAGCCCGACCCCAACGAUACCGCAGGCAAUCUGGAAAUCCUGCUCCAAAACAAGAAAGGAGAAUGGGUCGGCCCCGAGACUCAGUCUCCCUGGCUUCGACCCAGUGCUAUCGGAUUCCGUAAACUUCUCAAAUGGCUCAGUGACCGAUACAACCAACCUAAAAUCAUAGUCACCGAGAACGGAACAAGUCUGAAGGGCGAGAACGAUUUGCCUUUGGACCAGCUCCUCAAGGACGAGUUCCGGACCCAGUACUUCCGUGAUUACAUUGCGGCCAUGGCCGACUCGUACACUUUGGACGGCGUUAAUGUGAGAGGAUACAUGGCCUGGAGUUUGAUGGACAACUUCGAAUGGGCCGAAGGCUACGAGACCCGGUUCGGCGUGACCUUCGUCGACUACGAAAACAACCAGAAGCGAAUCCCCAAGGAAAGUGCAAAGGCGAUUGGUCCGAUCUUCGAGCAGUAUAUCCAGAAGGAAUAA